AUGCGUGAGAGGGCCACGCAGACCUGGAACACGGGCGGCUGGCUGCUGGCACUUUGCCUGGCCUGGCUGUGGACCCGCCUGGCCUCAGCUUCCUUGCAGCCUCCAACUCCGACAGUCCCCGUGAAGCAGGGCACCUGCGAGGUGAUCGCCACCCACCGCUGCUGUAACCGGAACCACAUCGAGGAGCGCUCCCAGACCGUUAAGUGCUCUUGCUUUUCUGGCCAGGUGGCCGGCACCACCCGGGCAAAGCCCUCCUGUGUGGAUGCCUCCGUAGUCCUGCAGAAGUGGUGGUGUCACAUGGAGCCCUGCCUGCCAGGGGAGGAGUGUAAAGUGCUCCCGGACCUGUCGGGGUGGAGUUGCAGCAGUGGACACAAAGUCAGAACCACCAAGGUGACACGAUAG